AUGGCGGAUGGAACGCCAGCAGCCAAGCGACCCAAAAUGGAGUCGUCCGCUGACCCCAACGGCCUUCCGGAGGCCCUUGGGGGUGCCAUGUCCAGCUUGUCGUCUGGACCCGCGAUGUCCGCCAUGAGCGAUGCGACCAUGGCAUCGUUCCUGGCAGCUGUGAAUGGCAUGGCCGCAAUGCCAGCAAGCGCCGGCAUGGUGAACCAGUUUCCCAUGGGUGGCCUCGCUCCCGGGGCGGUCCCCUCUAUGCCUUCCAUGCCAUCCAUGCCGUCGAUGCCGACCAUGCCGACGAUGCCCACAAUGCCCGCAAUGCCAACAUCAGUGCCUGCCAGCCGGCCGCCUGUUCGGCCGCGAGCGACGGGUCCCGUUAUCUCCAAGCCGGCUGUUCGUCAGACGCCGCCUGAUCACAGGAGCCCAACAGAAAUCAAGGACGAGCUCUUCAGGCAGGGCAUCGACGUCAAGGGCUUGACCUCGACACGUGAAAUGCAGAUCAAGCUUCAUGAGACGGAAGCGAAUGUGAGGCGCGCAGAGGCCACGAAGAAGCUCCCUCGCCAUCCUGAGCAAAGGUUGCUGUCCUGCUUCACAGAGGGCCUGGCGCCAGGGCAGGAUGUCAUGCUGAAAAUGUUGGAAAACGGUGCCGAUCCCAACACUGUUUCUGAAGGAAGUGGGAGUGGAUUUGCAGCCGGGAUGACACC